GUGUCCCAGUGAAGCGUAACGAGCUGUAUUAUGACUGCUGUAAGGAGCCCUACCCUGACGUCACCUUUACUGUCACCAUGAGGAGGAGAACGCUGUACUACGGUCUCAACCUCCUCAUCCCCUGUGUUCUCAUCUCUGGCCUGGCCCUGCUGGUCUUCCUGCUGCCUGCAGACUCUGGAGAGAAGAUCUCCCUGGGUAUCACUGUCUUGCUGUCUCUGACUGUCUUCAUGUUGCUGGUAGCAGAAAUCAUGCCGGCUACGUCAGACUCUGUUCCUCUCAUCGGUAAAUAUUUUUCAUUCGCCAUGAUGAUCGUGGGUCUCUCUCUCGUCGUCACGGUUCUCGUUCUACAGUUCCACCAUCACGACCCUCACGGGGUAAAGAUGCCUAAAUGG